AUGGCCGACGGCGACACCCACAUUUCUAUUCCCCUCGGCAUAACUGUCGGGCUCCUAGCAUCAUUCAUUCAGUCUCUAGGUUUGACAAUCCAGCGCAAGAGCCAUGUCAUAAACCAGUCGCUGCCGGAAUUCGAGAGGAGGGUGGAACACCGCAGGCCGCUCUGGCUGUUUGGAUUUGCGAUAUUCAUCUCGUCAAAUCUGUUUGGCUCCGUCUUUCAGAUCGCCUCGCUACCCGUCGUCAUCCUUGCGCCUCUUGGCGCCGUGUCUCUCCUAUGGAACGCGUUCUUUGCAAGGAUACUCCUUGGCGAUGUAUUCUCAAUGUGGAUGCUAAUAGGCACCUUGCUCAUCGCCGGCGGUGCCGUCCUCGUCGCUGUAUUCGGCAUCGUACCUGAACCCACGCAUUCCCUGGAGGACCUACUCAUGCUUUUCAACCGGCCUGUCUUCGUGGUGUACUUCUCACUCUUGGGCAUAGCCACAGUUGUAUGCCUUGCCAUCACACACAUAGCGGAAUAUUCCUAUACCCGCAAGAUGGCGUUGCCCGCAGUGUCGCCGCCGCUAUCCCCCCUCAUCGUACCUAAUUCUCAUCCCUCCAUCUUGACAACGACAACAACAGCAUCGAACACCGCCGAUCCUAGCGAGCGGACACCCCUUCUUGAUCGCAAGCCUCGUGCGCGUUCACAUUCACACGGCCGCUCAAAGUCUCCCUCUCCCUCGGGCACAACAUCCAACCAAUCUAUUCUGUCCAGCGCGAUUAUCUUUACUACCCAAUCCACGCGGACGCCCCUGUUUCUUGCCGCGUCUUAUGCGUCGUUCUCAGGGAUCAUCUCUGGCAUGUGCUUACUCUUCGCGAAGAGUGGAGUUGAACUGCUCAUGCUCACCAUCGCGGGAGACAACCAAUUCUGGCGAUGGCAGGCCUGGAUCCUCCUGCUUAGUCUGGGUGUCUGCGCUCUUCUGCAGCUGUGGUAUAUGCACAAGAGUUUGGUCCUCGCUGAUCCGACCGUCGUCUGCCCCCUCGCAUUUUGCCUUUACAAUCUAUCCUCGAUCAUAAACGGUCUUGUAUACUUUGACCAGUUCUCACUCCUCUCCAAGACGCAGCUUCUCCUUGUCCUGCUGGGUAUCUCCAUCCUCCUCGCAGGUGUCUGGAUCGUCAGCUUCCCACCUACCGGCGGGUACAGCAUUGACAUCGGUGCAUGGACGCACGAUGAGGCCGAUGCACACUCGUUCACGAGUGCAGACUCAUACGACUCUGCUCUCGAGGACGGCGAGGACGACGAGGAGAUCCUCGACGAUGAGCCUCUGCCCAUGGAUGCGCACCGACGCUCGCGGACGCUCCCGCUGCCAAGCCGCCCCCCGAGCGAAGACAUCGGCAUGGGCCCCGUCGCGCCCGACGCGCACGCCGCCAGCCAGCCGCCCCCGCCCGCCGACGCGCCGCGUCUGUCUCUCGUCCCCUCGAACGCAACCGCGCCGCCGGGCCCGCGGCAGUCCACUCUGCUCGCGCCCGCAGAGGCCAUGCGGCGCUCGCGCUCGUCGUACGCGGCGGACAGCACCGGGUCGCCGAGCACGCGGCGGCGGCGGACGACGCUCGCUGCGCCGCUGAGCCCGCCGCCGUUCGCGGGGCCGCUCGCGCCGAGCGGGAGCGCGCUCGGGGGGUUCGCGAUCGGGCUGAGCCCCGUGAGCCCGGGCUUUGCGCUCGUGCCGGAGCGAAGGCGGCGGGUGUCCGCGCGGCGGGGGAGCGUGGGGGACGAGGAGAGCGGGCGGCGGAGCAUGCGGAGGGUGGUGAGCGAGGGGACGGUGCCGGGCGACGAGCCGCCCCGCGGGAGGGUGGGGCGGGAGGAGGAGCAGGAGGCGCUGUUGCCGGGUGCGCUGACGCAAGGGCGGCGUGCGAAGGGGCGGUGGAAGUGGGUGCGGAAUGUGUUUGCGGCGACGACGCAUAGAUGA